UGUAUCCAUAAAUAUGUAUUUAAAGAAUUAGAAGCCUUGAAAGCACGUUUCUUGAAGCACACUCUUCAAACAUCAAAAUCCAAAGCUGAACGGACCAUAAACAUGAACAUUAUUCGUAAGGAGACUACAUCUGAAGGAAAGGAGGAACUGAAAGCAGACGUGGUACCAGCAGUAUUAGCUGCGGAGAGCCUGGAUGAAAGAGUCCACACAAAGCCAGGUGAAAAGCUACAAGCGCUGAAGGCUAAACUCCAGGAGGCCAUGAAACUCCGCAGGACUGAGGAACGCCAAAAGCGGCAAGCAUUGUUUAAACUGGAUAAUGAGGACAUGUUGGAGGAAGAAGAGGAGGAGGAGGAAGAGAUGACAGAUGAGUCUGAGGAAGAGGAAGAAGGCGAUCAUGAGAAUGUGGAAUUUCUGCUUGGCGAAGCAGAGGAAGAUAAUGAAGAGGAAGAUAAUGAAGAUAUAGAAGAGAAACACAUUGAAGAUGGUGAUAAAGAAACCGACAAAGAAUCAAUUGAUGGAGAAAAGCUGGAGAAAUCUGUGCAUUGUGAUUCUGUUCCCAAGCCACCUUCGACAGAGUCUACAUUGAUGCUUUUUAAGGACAGCUCCUCCAAAAUGGGGUAUUCUCUUCCUGAUGAGAAACUUGAAAUGGAAGAAGCUGCAGACAAAGGACCUACCAAGUUAGAGGAUGAUGAUUCGUUUUCUCUACCAACACCAGCAAAAGAGAAUAGCCAUAACAGCAGCUUUGAGUUGAUUGGCUCCAUGAUUCCAUCAUAUCAGCCCUGUAACAAACAGAUGUCACGUGGGGGGAACUUUUUAUCUGCAGCAGGAGGUUUCAGGUCACCUUCCCCAGGUUUCUUCAAAACAAGCUUUAUCAGCUCUGCUUCCAAGAGCUCAGGAAAGACGUCUGAGCCCUCUCUUCCCAUAGAAGAUUCCCAGGACCUGUAUAAUGCCUCUCCUGAGCCUAAGAGUUUAUUUCCAGGGGCUGGGGAGUCACAGUUUCAAUUUUCUCUGGAAGAUGACACUCAGAGCCAGCUGCUUGAUGCAGAUGGGUUCUUGAAUGUUGGACAACAUAGGAAUAAAUACCAGUCCUCAAAGCAUCAGCUGACUCUGGCUAGUAUGGAUGAGAAUGCAAUGGAUGCCAAUAUGGAUGAGUUACUGGACUUGUGUUCUGGACAGUUUAGUAGUCAAACUGAACACGUGCCAAAUACCAGCAGCAGCAAAAAGCAGAACAUGGAAGAAUUGCUCGAUCUUUGCUCAGGAAAAUUUGUGUCUCAGAGUUCUCCAACAUGGGCAUCUUCAGUAUCUUCCAAGGCGGAAAAAGACAGUGAUAUAGAAGAUCCAAUGGCAGAAGCUCUAGCACUUUGUUCAGGCUCCUUUCCCACAGACAGGGAAGAGGAAGACGAGGAGGAGCAAGAAGAACUUGGUGAUUUUCAGCUUGUAACAGAUGACAAUGCCUUUGAUAGUGAAGAGGAUGAAAAAAGUGGAGAUAGUGAUGCUGAAGAAGCAGAAGUGAGUGAUGAAGAAGAACCACUGCUGAGACAUAGACAGGGCUUGAAGAAGAAACUAAAACUGCAGGAUUUCAUGGAAGAUGAGGCAGAGCUGUCAGGGAGUGAUGUGGGAAGCGAGGAUGAAUAUGACGGUGAAGACCUGAACGAAUAUGAAGAAGAGAUUAUUGAUGAGGAACUCCCUAAUGAAGUUGAAUUAGAAAACCAAAUACAGAAAUUACAUAUGAAGGCAAUGCUUGAUGAUGACAAGCGUCAGUUGCGCUUGUACCAGGAGCAAUACCUCAUUGAUGGUGACCUGCAUAGCGAUGGCCCUGGCAGAAUGAGGAGAUUCAGAUGGAAAAACAUAGAUUAUGCUUCACAGAUUGACUUGUUUCAGAGAGAUUCAGAUAAUGAUGAUGAAAAUGAACAGUUUGAUGAGACAGAAGCAAAAUGGAGGAAAGAGCGAUUUGAACGAGAACAGUGGCUUCGUGAGCAGAAGGAAAAAAAUAAAGAGCAGGAGGAGGAGGAGGAGGAAGAAGAAAUCGGUGAAGACAGCCAAUUCAUGAAACUAGCAAAAAAAGUAACUGCUAAGUCCCUACAGAAGAAAGCAAGCCCAGCAGUAGUGGCACAAGACACAACGCUACUACCCAGGAACCCGUUUGAAGCAUUCAGACCUGGCAGCGACAUUCAGAUAAAAAAUGGGUCUCUCUUGAACAGACCUAAAGCUGUCCUUCAGAAACUAGCAGCAAUGUCAGAUCUUAAUCCAAACGCACCUCGAAAUUCAAGGAAUUUUGUCUUUCAUACACUUUCCCCAGACAAGAGUGCAGAGGCCAAGGAGAAAUCAAAACUUCAGGUGAAGAAAAGAGGUCCUGCUGCAGUGCUAACAUCUCUGGCCAAACGGCCUAGGGUAGAGAGCACAGAGGAAACAAGUCAAAGCCGAAGCAUAUUUCAAUACUUGGAGAGCUGAAUGUUUCUGUUUAGGGCCAGAGGUUGUAUCUUGUCUUUUUGCCAGUUGUGGUUUGUUUUGCAAAUCUGCUAGCUAUUGGCAGGAAGGUAAACACAUUGCUGUAUAUUCU